AUGAGUAUUCAAACUGUUCACGGCCACCUGGCUCCCUACUACGGGGACUGGAGCGCGUUUCUCACAUCUCAAGUCAUUAUUGUUACACUUCUUCACCUCAUCUUCAUAGGAGUUCUCAUAAAAUGCUAUCCUGAAGACAAAAAGGUGAUUUCUCGACGGCUGUAAGUUCAACAUCGGAAAAUGCUCUGAUUUUUUUUUGCUAUGAAUGCAAAAAGCUGCCAUUUUUUCUGUUUUUGUUAAUGAUUUCUUGUUGAUUGCAGUAUAGUUACUAUGCAGCGGUGCCGUGGAUGGAGCUGGUGACUUUGAUUGGCUUCAUCACUUUCACUAAAUUUUGUUCACUUAUCGUUUUCAAAACGUCUUUAGAUGAUAUCAACUUAACCGAUACCACUUUUUUGAUAAUUUCCAUGUUCUGCCCUUACACGUUGAUUUUCAUCGACGCUGUUUUAUGUCUUCACCGGGUCUUUUGUUUUUUUGACGUUGCGCAAGGGUUUCGCAGGAAAUUUAAAUGGUGAGCGAUUGUCUUUGAUGAGAACUGUUUAAAUUGAGUUUUUUUGAAAAAUGUUGUGAUUCUUAUCUUAGACCUUUCUAAAAUUGGAUAUCUCGCACCAAGUAUAAAUAUGCUAUUGAGUUUUUCUCACACACGAGAAGUGUCAAAUGGUCUUGAAGAACCUGAUAGCAGAAAUUAGAGCUUUUCCACCUUUUUCAGUUUUUAAAUCUGACAAAAAAAUAGAUCAAAACGACGGAUCUUUUUCGGCAAGUUGAAUCGUGGAUUACAUGACUAAAAUUUCAGGCUUUUAACUUUGGCAGUGGUCAUUUCCAUGCCAGUCGCCCUGAUCAUGGUCUUUUACACAGUUGUAUCUAUACUCUCCGAUCUCAGUCCGAGCGAGACAGCGCACAGAGUGAAAAAACUUCUUCAGAAUUCGUACUAUGUUUGA